AUGUGGCUUCUGAAGAAAGAGACCUGCAAAAACCCAGAUAGACUUUAUGAUGAGGGUGAGGAGAGUAUCAUCGGAGAACAGCUGGAGCAACAUCAGUCUACCCACACUGGAGAAAAGCCUUACAUCUGGAACCAGUGUGAGAACAGUUUCUUGUAUUUUAGGUAUUUGAAACUCCACCAGCUGACCCACACUGGAGUAGAACCCUUCUCCUGUGGCUGUGACCAGUGUGAGAAGCGCUUUAGCCAGUCAAGCGAUGUGAAGGUCCACCAGCAAAUCCACACUAGAAAAAAACCCUACUCCUGUGACCUCUGUGAGAAAAGUUUCAGGAUUUCAACUCAUUUGAAGGUCCACCAGCAAACCCACACUGGAGAAAAACGCUUCUCCUGUGACCAGUGUGAGAAGCGCUUUAGCAAGUCAGACUCAUUGAAGGUCCACCAGCGAACGCACACUGGAGAAAAACCCUACUCCUGUGACCAGUGUGAGAAGCGCUUUAGCCGGUCAGGCUCAUUGAAGAUCCACCAGCGAACCCACACUGGAGAAAGACGCUUCUCCUGUGACCAGUGUGAGAAGCGCUUUAGCAAGUCAGACUCAUUGAAGGUCCACCAGCGAACGCACACUGGAGAAAAACCCUACUCCUGUGACCAGUGUGAGAAGCGCUUUAGCCGGUCAGGCUCAUUGAAGAUCCACCAGCGAACCCACACUGGAGAAAAACCUUACUCCUGUGACCAGUGUGAGAAGCGCUUUAGCAAGUCAGACUCAUUGAAGGUCCACCAGCGAACCCACACUGGAGAAAAACCUUACUCCUGUGACCAGUGUGAGAAGCGCUUUAGCCAGUCAAACGAUGUGAAGGUCCACCAGCGAACCCACACUGGAGAUAAACCCUACUCCUGUGACCAGUGUGAGAAACGCUUCAGCCGGUCAGGCUCAUUGAAGGACCACCAGCGAACCCACACUGGAGAAAAACCCUACUCCUGUGACCAGUGUGAGAAACGCUUCAGCCGGUCAGGCUCAUUGAAGGACCACCAGCGAACCCACAAUGGAGAAAAACCCUACUCCUGUGACCAGUGUGAGAAACGCUUUAGCCGGUCAAACAAAUUGAAGGUCCACCAGCAAACGCACACUGGAGAAAAACCCUACUCCUGUGACCAGUGUGAGAAACGCUUUAGCCGGUCAGACUCAUUGAAGGUCCACCAGCGGACGCACACUGGAGAAAGAUGCUUCUCCUGUGACCAGUGUGAGAAGCGCUUUAGCCAGUCAGACUCAUUGAAGGUCCACCAGCGGACGCACACUGGAGAAAAACCCUACUCCUGUGACCAGUGUUAG